AUGCAAGCCGUCACGAAUCAGCAGACCAUUCCGUGUUACCCUCCGUUCGCAAUAGCUCCUGGUGCUGCGUCCAAGCGCACUGGAUUAAAUGUAUUCGUCAUUUCGUGGGAAGACGUUCUCGCUCCAAUGUCAUUCCUAGCAACACGCAUCGGCCUUCAACCCACGAGAUCCAGCUUGGAGGCAGCCAAAGCUGCCUACGUCCAGGAUCGCUAUCUACAGCAGGCCCUAGCGUCUGUGGAGGAAGAAACUAUCGAGUUUCUACGCAUUGCAGCGACAUUGGGGCCUGUGUUCAUUGUGACAGAGAAGAGCGUCAGGUACAUGGAGACCACGUGCGUUGCCUUCUUCCCUCGAUUAGCGCAUUGGCUGGCCAGCGCUGUCUUGGCUAUGGAUACCACACAGCAGUUUCGCGUGCGUGUUCUAGCUGCAUCUCAGAAAUUCGCCAACAUCCUGGAGAGCUCAGCGUGGCUCGCUCGAAUGUACCAGCAGAUCGUCAAGAUCGCCGUUUGUGAAGUGCACGGUAUCUCGAUUGCCAACGCUGGGGCUUUGAUCCACGCACAAAAAUUGCUGCAGUACCGUGAAAGCGGGACGUUGGGACUAGUGAGUAUCAGCGCGGCGGCAAUACAUCAAGCUGCAAGCCUCCGAGCUUUCGACGUCGCUCCUUAUUCGAUCCCUAAAGCUGUGCAUGUUCCAGGCGGAGAUCCAUCCAGCGCACUCAACCUAGAACACUUCUUCGCCCAAUUAAGGACAUUGCAAGGGUACAUUUCAAGUGUUGCUGCACACAACUCUGCGUUCUCAAUGUCGUUAUAA